UUUCCCAAUUUCUCUCUCUCCGUUGUUGCCGGGGGAAGGAUUUGGCGCUUGUUAUUGUGGCGGUGGCGCCAUUGGUGCAGUGCUGAGCUCGUCUUUGCAUACGAAGGGAUGGCGAAAGCUCGCAAGCCGAAGAUCGAGGAGCAGAAGCCGGAGAGCUCCGGUGCAGUCGUCCGCCACCAGAAGCUCUGCCUCUCCGUCGACACGGAUAACAAACGGCUCUAUGGGUACACCGAACUGAAAAUUAGUCCACCGGAGAGCGGGAUGGUAGGAUUACAUGCUGAUAACAUGACGAUAGAAAGUAUUUUGGUAGAUGGCGAGCCGGCGGCAUUUGAAUUUUUCCCCCAUUAUCAGCACGUUGAAGAUGAAAAGAGAUGGGAGUCGGUGAACUGCACUGCUGCUGCUGCUGACGCUGCUAGCACGAGCUAUUUGUCGUCUUUGGACAAAGAAAUGGCUCCAAAUCUGCUUAUCCUGUGUAGCAAGAAAGUGAAUUUAAGUACUGAAAAUCAGAGCAGGGACGCUGCUGAAGAAAGGACACAACCUUCGUUGGGUGACAAGAAUGUAAAAUUGGUUCGCAUUGAUUAUUGGGUAGAGAAGGCAGAAACAGGCAUCCAUUUUAGGGAUAACAUAGUCCAUACAGAUAACCAAAUAAGGCGUGCACACUGUUGGUUUCCUUGCAUAGACAGCAGUUCACAGCGUUGCUGCUAUGAUCUGGAGUUUACAGUGGACCAUAAGCUUGUUGCUGUCAGCAAUGGAGACUUACUUUAUCAGGUUCUUAGUAAGGAUGAUCCUCCGCGCAAGACCUAUGUCUAUAGUAUGAGUGUUCCAGUUACUGCAGAGUGCAUAUCGUUGGCAGUUGGACCUUUCGAGAUAUUCCCAGACCGUCAAAAUGCAAUGAUAACACAUCUAUGUCUAACUUCUAACCUAUCUAGGCUUCGGCAUACAGUGGGUUUUUUCUUUAAUGUUUAUAGCUAUUUUGAAGAGUAUCUUUCUGCAUCAUUUCCAUUUGGUUCAUACAAACAAGUUUUUCUUAUGCCUGAAAUGACUAUUUCUUCUGUAAGCUUGGGGGCAUCAAUGUGUAUUUUCAGUUCUCAAGUGCUGUUUGACGAGAAAGUAAUUGAUCAGACAAUUGAUACAAGGAUAAAGCUGGCAUUUGCCCUUGCAAGGCAGUGGUUUGGAGUGUAUAUAACUGCUGAAACACCAAAUGAUGAGUGGCUUUUAGAUGGUCUUGCUGGCUUUCUUUCUGACUUGUAUAUAAAGCGUUUUCUUGGAAAUAAUGAAGCUCGAUAUCGCCGUUACAAGGCCAACUGUGUUGUUUGCAAGGCUGAUUUUGAUGGGGCAACUGCUUUGAGUUCUUCUGCAGCUUCAACUGAGUUGUAUGGGACACAAAGAUUAGGUCUAAUUGGAAAAAUACGGUCCUGGAAAGCUGUGUCAGUUCUUGAAAUGUUAGAGAAGCAGAUGGGUCCUGAAUCGUUCCGCAAGAUUUUACAGACCAUAAUUUCUAAUGCAAAAGAUCCUAUACGACCCUCAAGGACACUUAGCACAAAGGAGUUCCGACACUUAGCUAACAAAGUUGGGAAUCUUGAACGCCCAUUUCUGAAGGAGUUUUUCCCGCGUUGGGUUGGAUCCUGUGGAUGCCCUGUAUUGAGAAUGGGCUUGUCCUAUAACAAAAGAAGAAACAUGAUGGAGCUGGCAGUUCUACGUGGUUGUACUGCUGCAGCCGAGUCCACAGUUGCCAUUUUCAGGGAUAACCUGGAAACCGAUCCACGAGGAGGUGAUGUAGGAUGGCCUGGCAUGAUGAGUAUCAGAGUUCAUGAAUUGGACGGGAUGUAUGACCAUCCAAGUUUACCUAUGGCUGGAGAUACUUGGCAGCUUCUGGAGCUGCAAUGUCAUUCUAAACUUGCAGCAAAGCGCAUUCAACGGCCAAAGAAAGGCUCAAAACCUGAUGGAUCUGAUGACAAUGGUGAUGCCACAAGUGCUGUGGAUAUUCGUUCUGGCCUGGAAUCCCCUUUGUUGUGGGUUAGGGUGGACCCAGAAAUGGAAUAUUUGGCAGAAAUCCAUUUUCAUCAACCUGUACAGAUGUGGAUAAAUCAACUAGAGAAAGAUAAGGAUGUUGUUGCACAAUCCCAAGCCAUAGAGACACUACAGAUGUUACCUCAGUUGUCCUUUGCCGUCGUUAAUGCACUCAAUAAUUUUCUCAAUGACUCAAAGGGCUUUUGGAGGGUCCGUGUUGAAGCAGCCUUUGCAUUGGCUCACACAGCCUCUGAGGAAACUGAUUGGGCUGGAAUGCAACAUUUGAUUAAGUUUUAUAAAAGCAGAAGAUUUGAUCCUAAUAUUAGUUUGCCUAAGCCAAACGACUUCCAUGAUUUCCCUGAAUAUUUUGUUCUUGAGGCUAUACCACAUGCGAUUGCCAGGGUCAGAUCUGCACAUAAUAAAAGUCCAAAAGAAGCUGUCGAAUUUGUUCUACAACUAUUAAAGUACAAUGAUAACAGUGGAAAUCCAUACUCUGAUGUCUACUGGUUAUCUGCACUAGUUCAGUCCAUUGGGGAGCUUGAAUUUGGUCAGCAGAGUGUUCUGAGUUUCCUUUCUCUUCUCAAGCGAAUUGAUCGCCUCUUGCAGUUUGACAGGUUGAUGCCAAGCUAUAAUGGGAUUUUGACACUAAAUUGCAUCCGGACACUGACACAAAUUGCGCUGAAGCUCUCUGUUGCUGUGCCUCUUGACCGUGUUGUAGAACUCAUAAGACCAUUCCAGAAUGUGGCUUUAUGGCAAAUUCGAAUAGAAGCAAGCAGAGCGCUCCUUGAUCUAGAGUUUCAUGGAAAAGGCCUCGAUGAUGCCUUGAUUUUGUUUAUGCAAUUCAUAGACAAAGAGCCAUCUCUGAGAGGGCAAGUUAAGCUAGCAAGGCAUGUCCUGCGUAUGUGUCAGUCGAUUUGUGCAUUUGGAUCCUGUGAUACCGUAAAGAGCACUACUCUUAUUGGACUAUUGCGUCAUCUUGGGUGUUUAAAGGCCUUCAAUAAUGUCUUCCUUCGCCAUCAGUUAUUCUGCAUAUUGCACACACUUGCAGGAAGGCCUCCCACACUUUAUGGUGUUCCCAGGGUUGCUGUGCACCCUAUGCCGGAUCCAGAAAGCUGUAGCGAACCACAGAUUAGACCAUCGAUGCUAAAAUUAAAAAUUUCAAAGCCACAAGAUCCGCCACCUCCUGAAUUGACUGUAAUCUCAUCGGAGGCAUGCCAUUCUGCUGAAACAAACAAGGAAGCAGAAGCAGUAUCUAAUGGAACUGAGCGCAGGUUGCCUGUGGUAAAAAUUCGAGUUAAACAGAACUCUAUAAUUCCUAGAGUUGACACGGAGCAUCUGAUGGAAAACUCUCAAGGAAGGCCAAUUGAAGUGGAUUUGGCAGGUAGCAGCUCAGCAUCGGUAGAUGCCCCUGUGAGAAUCAUGAGCGAGCCUGUCAGCAUAAGCAAUCAAAAUGUUGAAGAGGUAAACUCUUCACAUGACCAUGGAUCCCGGAUGACUGCUAGUGUUGGGAGUGCAAAGUUUGUCAAAGAGGAAGACAUCGGAAAGGAGUUGCAAUGCACUGCCGAUUCGAAGGGAGUGGUGUUGGUGGACUCGAAGAGGGUCGCAUUGGAGGACCGGUCGUCACCUAGCACCAAGAAUGAUGAUGUCGAAAGAGAAGCGGAGGGGUAUGCAGCUAUGCAUGCAGACACUGUUCAGGUCAACAAUCCCAGUAGAAGUUCAGACAUGCACGAUAGCAUGGAGAUAAAUUGUUUACAGCAGAAAUCAGACUUGAAGGUGAAGGUGAAGAAGAAAGAGAAGGAGGGGAAGCGGAAGCGUGAUGACCCUGAGUAUUUGGAGAGGAAACGUCUGAAAAAAGAGAAAAGGCGAAGUGAGAAAGAGAAGGCAAAGUUGGGGAACAAAGAAGCAAACAAAGGGGAAAAUGUUUCAGCUGCUGUGGCAAGUGUUCAAUAUGCCAAAUUGCAGACGACGAAUCCUGCUGCGGUUGAACAUAGACCAACAAACGUUGCGGAAACUAAAGCGGAGGCUUCUGAAGUUGGUAGCUCAUUGCCUAAAAUCCGACUCAAAUUCAAGGGUCGAAAUAUAAUUAGUCAGUCACAGCGAGAUCUAUAAGGCUGGAUGGGUCGGGUUUAGCGCCAGUUUUGCUAGUCAGCUUAUUUCUUGCUUGUUUUUUCAUUUGUCAAGCAAACCGAUCGCAUCUUUGAUCCUCGAGGUUGCUGGCAGAGCCUGUGUAUCAAUUCCAUUGUAGUGUAUCCACGAACCAAAGGGAAAAGAAAAGGCAGAUGUUUUUCCCCAAAAUGGUGUAGUUGAAAAUUUAUCUCAGAUUCUCUUGUAACUCAGGCGGUUACCAAAUUGAUGUAAAGCAUUGUAAUUCCUUGUAAAUUUUUAUUUCAUUUAAGAAUGUCUAUACCAGCUUGCCUUUUUUGGACGGUUUGUAA